ACACAAAAACCUCCUCUCUUCUUUUUAUUUUUUUUUAACUUAUAAAAAAUACAAAAACAAAUCAAAGUUUCAUUAGUGCUGCUCCGAAAAGAAAAUGGGUAGUGCUAAAUCAGCCUUGCUGAUCCUCUUACUAGUAAUGGUCAUCGCAUCUUGUGCCAGGGCCAUAGACAUGUCCGUCGUUACAUACGAUGAUAACCACCACGUGACCGCCGGUCCUGGCCACCAUCAAACCGCCGGUCCCGGCCGCCGCAACGGAGUUUUCGAUGUCGAGGCAUCGUUAAUAUUCGAGCCAUGGAUUGUCAAACAUGGGAAGGUGUACGACUCCGUUGCUGAGAAGGAACGGCGUUUAACGAUUUUCAAGGACAACCUCCGUUUCAUCACUAACCGUAACGCUGAGAAUCUCGGUUAUCGACUCGGUUUGAACCGGUUUGCUGAUCUAUCUCUACAUGAGUACAAAGAAGUUUGUCACGGGGCUGAUCCAAAACCACCUAGGAACCACGUGUUUAUGAGUAGUAGCGAUCGAUACAAAACUAGUGCUGGUGAUGUGCUUCCUAAGUCCAUUGACUGGAGAAAUGAAGGUGCCGUGACUGAAGUAAAAGAUCAAGGCCAUUGCAGGAGUUGUUGGGCGUUCUCGACUGUGGGGGCAGUAGAAGGCUUAAACAAGAUCGUGACAGGAGAGUUAGUCACUUUGUCUGAACAAGAUUUGAUCAAUUGUAACAAAGAAAAUAAUGGUUGCGGAGGAGGUAAAGUCGAGACUGCCUAUGAAUUCAUAGUUAACAAUGGUGGUCUUGGUACUGACAACGAUUAUCCUUACAAGGCUGUUAAUGGAGCUUGCGACGGCCGCCUCAAGGAAAACAAUAAGAAGGUUAUGAUUGAUGGUUAUGAGAAUUUGCCUGCAAACGACGAAUUUGCUCUCAUGAAAGCGGUUGCUCACCAGCCUGUAACUGCCGUUAUUGAUUCUAGCAGCCGAGAUUUCCAGCUUUACGAAUCGGGAGUUUUUGAUGGAACGUGCGGAACAAACCUAAAUCAUGGAGUUGUUGUGGUUGGGUAUGGAACCGAGAACGGUCAUGACUAUUGGAUCGUGAGAAACUCGUGGGGCAACACUUGGGGAGAGGCUGGCUACAUGAAGAUGGCUCGCAAUAUUGUCAAUCCAAGAGGGUUAUGUGGCAUCGCUAUGCGAGCUUCAUACCCUCUCAAGAACUCGUUUACUAACGGCAAAAGCUCCAUGGCCUAAUCAUAUGAACUAAAUGUAUGCUAUGCAAGGGAUCGAGUGAGCCAAUACUGUAUUCGACUUUGAAGUAAAAAUAAUGUAGUCGAUUGGUUUGGCUUUGUAAUAUAUUUUGGACUUGUAUGGAGUCACUGUUUGGAGUUUGUAUAAUAUUUAUGGUUAUUUCGUUUGGGUCUAAUGAUUAAGAUUUUCCGUAUU